GCUGGCGUGCCUCGCAGGGACCUGGGGGCACCCCUAUGCCGUGGCGGUCUUCGUGCUCGCUCUGCUCGUCGCUGUCUGGCAGUUCCACUGGAAGGGAGUGAUGCCGUCCGCCACCGCCAAGGUGACCCGGCAGGCCCUCCGCUGGAAGAGCAGGCUGCCGAGUGGGGCGUGCCUGGCGGGGCGCAGGUACAUGCGCAACUGGGGGGCCCUGCUGCAGGAGUGGGGGGAGGUCCACUGCGGGCUCGCGGAGGCCGCGCUGUCCAAGGGCUACGAGCUCUCGGCGUUUUCCGUCGCAGUUCAGCUGGCUUUCUUCUGGCACCUGAAUUGGAUCGCUGGCCAAGUGAUGUGUUUUUUCGUACUCUUCUGGCUGAUUCUGCGGAGGUUCACCAUUGGUUUUGUGGACGAGCUGAACUUCGGGUGGCUGGUCGGUCUCCUGGAAGGGGGUCUGUUCGUCCUCGUUGCAACCGCUCUCAACUUCCAUGCCUUCGGUUGGUUAACGUUGGACGGCACCACCCGGUUCGGCUGGUCAACGCUUCUUCUUUUCGUCCUGGUGCAAUUCACGUUCACGCGGUACCAGAGCUCUCAGUGGCGUAUCUACGUAGUGUCAAGCCUUGGGCUCCAGUGUUUUCUCUUCUUGAUCAUCUCGGAGACGGUGGAGAGCGGCUUCCUCGACGAGCCCGCCACCCUGGGGAACAGCACCGCCGCCUCCGCGCGGCUCGCGGGGCCGCCCGCGCGGCUCCGCGCGCUGCACGAGGAGAAGUCUUACCUCACCAUCUUGGACUUCGCUCACAUGGCCGCGCUGGCCAAUUAUGAGCCCAAGGACUUCCAGGAUAGGUUGCACGAGUAUUUCCCAGGCUGGAAGGUGGGCAAAAUGUGCAAGCGCUGCAUGAGGAAAUCGCAGAACGACUGGACCACGUUCUACGAGAUAUGGAGCCCAGAAAACAGAACAACCGUAUUUCUUACUCGUGGGACUCAGGACCAUGUGGAUCUUCUUCAGGAUAUCAAUCUCUGGCUGUCUACUGGCAUUGCGCAACUGUUUGCUUGGUUUGGCCCCGAUGUGAGCAUACUGGCAUCGGAUGCCGCCGCCAUCUUGUCCAAUGGCAUGGGCACCAAUUGGUUUACAAAGGAGCUGUUGAAGGGAGAUUUCUUCAGGGGCUUCCUCGAUUACGUCCGGAAGUCGAUCAACGACGAUCCCGAGAGGAAGUACUACUUCACCGGGCACUCAUUGGGAGGGGGCUUGGCGGCUCUAGUGGCGCUCGAGAUGAGCCGUGUGGCCGUGACGUUCUCAAGCCCAGGGUUGGAGCAGGUGUCCAAGAUCGUGAUCCGUGAGUCUCGCGACCAGCUCCGCCGACCGCCGGGUCGGCGGAUAUCCAACCACGAGCUCACCCAGAACGCAGACAAGCUCGUCUACAGCAUUAUUCCGGACAAGGACAUCGUCCCGCGGGUGGACGCCCCGCUCGGCUCGUCCCUGCGCAUAGGGUGCACCCAGAAGCAGCCGUUCUUCUGCCACAGGCUCCAGGCGGCGAUCAGGGAGCUGCAGUGCGGCGGCUGCCUGGAGCACAUCGCGAGGCUGCCCUACCACUUCGACCCCAAGAGUGUCAAGCCCGCCUUCCGCCGGCUCGCCAUCAGGUACCACCCCGACGUGCCCGGCACUGGCGACCCCGAGGUGUUCCGCAACCUCCUGUGGGCCGUGGAGGAGCUGUCCACCGCGGCGGGGUUGGAGCGCUGGCGCGGGCAGUCUAGGCCGCAGCAGCACGUCCCGCGGGGCCGCGAGGGCGCCGACCGAUACGCGUGGGACACCAGGCCGAGGCCGCCGCCGUCGCCGGAGCCCGGCGCCACGGCGCGCAGGACGGCGGCGAGGCAGAGGGCCGAGAAGCAGCAGCGGCGCCAGCAGGAUCGCGAGAGGCUGGAGGAGCUGCGCCGGCAACAGAACGAGCUGCGCCAGCGGCACCAGGAGCUGAAGCAGCAGCAGGCGCUCCGCGAGCAAGAGCAGCGCAGGCAGCGGCAGCAGGCGAGGCGCCAGAGCCAGAUCGAGGAGCGCCAGAGGCGGCGCAGUGCGCGCCAGCAGCAGCAGCAGCAGCAGCAGCAGCAGCAGCAGCAGCAGCAGCCGCGGCCGCGGCCCGACCCGCCCGGCGAGAAGCAGUCGCAGCAGCGCCAGCAGCCGGAGUCGCGCAAGACGCAGCAUCAGUCAAGGCACGAGCGACAGGAGCCGCCUUCCAAGCAGAAGCACUGGGCGCAGGAGCAACCGAAGCAGCAGCAGCAGAAGCAGCGUGGUCAGCACCAGGAGCGCAGCCGGGGGCGAGCCCCGACGCCGCUGGAGGACUGGCACGCCUUCUUCCAGCAGGAGUUCAGCGUUAUCCCCGGUGCGGCCCGGCAGGACCCCGGGCGCUGGCGGCAGCCCACGGGCAGACGGCCCGGCGCCGCGGGGCCGCGGCCGGGCGCCCCCGCGCCCGCGGAGGCGCCGUGGUGGUGGCACGUCAUCUCCGACACCACGCCCUUCACCACCCUGCGCGGCGGCGCCUCGGCAAAGGCGGCGCCGAGUGCGCGGCACGAGCCAGGGCGCCCCCUGCGGACGAGCGCGGACGCCGCGGCGGCCGCGGAGGGGUGCCGCCGGGCGGCCGCGGAGGC